CACAGGUCAAACAAAACGUCCAAAAUCUAGAACAUGGCUGUCGGUGAGUGAUCAUUCAAAAUGACGAAGUAGAAAAGCCACGAAGUUGAAAGUGAACAAGGAAAAAUGUCCACUACUGGCUCAUCCGUCGCGCUCGUCGCACUCGUGUGCGCGUUCUUUGCUGGUUUUGCACCUCCACAAACGUUCGUUUCCGCGCAGCAGCAGGACGAUGGAAGUGGUAACUGGUUGCUGCGGAGUUUUGUGGAGCACAUGCACUGCGAAAUGAAGGAAGAGCAGGAUGUGGAAUUUUGGCGCGACGUGCACCGGUUGACCUCCGCUUUGGACCCGCUAUCCGAAGAGUUUUCGCCCAACGAGUACGAGCAGGUGCGAGUGGCUGCGAACCUGCCGGACUUGGCGCAACCCCAGCCGGAGCAAGUUUUGCUACAGAGGAUAUCGCACGUGCAAAACUUACUUACCCACAUCCUCGUCCCCUACAACGUCGUGGACCCUGUGUUCGCCCUCGAGUGCCCCCUCGGGACAGCCGCGUUGCUGAAACAGUUUGCGCGAUACUGUCUUCACCUCUUUCAAGAGAGGUGCGCGCAGCGAGCCGUGCGGGUGCUGCAGUUGGCGAAGCUCAUGACGCUGUUCAAUUUUCCGGACUACGGGACCAUGAUGGGCCAAAGCAAGUGGCGCGCGGAUUUGGGCACGCUGAGCUCGCAGGUGAGAAAAAGAGUACUCGUUUCUUUUAUUUUGAUGCGGACACGCUGCACACACAUUCAUUGAUGAAAGAUCUAUGUAAUAUUUGCGUGUCGCUUAAUCCCCCCCAACAGGUCUAUGAACUCUACGGGCCCGGGGCGCAGACCGCCGUUCGGCGAAAGCAGCUGACAGCACCAGUGACCGCCAUGUUAAGUAUUGGGAUUGUUUCCUACUGCAACUACGGGUCGAGCAGCUUCCCGCUCCCCGGAUGGAGUCGACGGAACAAAAACGCGUACGCGAAAAAGCACGGCUAUGUGAUUCAUCACUUGGAGAAGCCGAUUGUAAAGCAGUACCACCCCUGGAUGAACAAACUUCUCGCCGUGCGCCACUACCUCCCGUCCCACGACUGGAUUAUGUGGGUCGACUGCGACGCGUAUUUCAUGAACUUCGAGGAGAAGAUCGAGGAUUUGCUUUUUCAGGAACGGGAAAGCGUCAACGCGCUCGGGGACGCAGAUCAAGCCGCUCAGACCGCCACAAUACUAGCGUCAGGCGAGCAGGAGGAUGGGCAGGGAGGGAGUGAGUCCGGAGGUGGCUCCGGAAGUUCAUCGCCCGCGUCCAGCGACCCAGUAACCGGUGAGACGAAGUUCGAUUUUGUGAUUGCGGAGGACGGAAACAUGUUCAACAGCGGCGUGUUUCUGAUCAAGAACAGCGCUUGGGGCAUGAAGUUUCUGAACAACAGUAUUGAUUUGCUAGCCGCCCCGAUGCCCUACUCCUUCCAGCACAAUCAGUGGCACGAGCAGAGCCCGUUUAUGUACAUUGCCUUGGUGCCCCACAUCCUGGAUUUGAACACGCUGAUUUCGACCUCCUCGCUCGCGAAACCCGAGAAAGGGCUCGUGCAGACGGAUUGGCGAACGCUGGGCUACGAUCCGAGUCACGUGCGGGUGGUGCCGCAGUCCCGCAUGAACUCCUACCCGCCGGAACUGGUGCAGCGUACCCAGCACGCGCUGCGCCACCACGGGUUUGCGGACCGCGACUUUGUGAUUAGCUUCAACGGCUGCGGCUCGGUGCUGGGCGGCGACGUGUGCUUGAAAAUCUUCGGGGACUACUUCGAACAGAGCAUGCGCGGGGUACAGGAAUAGCAGUUCUUCGUUUGCCCAGAAGACGAACCGCGUUGCACCAUCCUUUGAGAAUACAGUUCUGCAGGAGCACCUCCGUGAAACAAAAUCAGUGAAGGACGACCCUUCAGUCC